AUGUCCUCCAAAUCCCCAUCCUCAAAACAAGCGAUUCGACUCACCGACUUGCACGUCGGCAUGUUCGUUGAAGUCAAUUCCGGCGACCCGAAGAACCCGUGGUGGGGGGAAAUUCAUCAAAUUCAUUCCAAGAAAAAAACAGUCGUCAAGAAGUCGAAAGAGGAAGAAGACGAGGAUUUCGAACCGAUCGGGGUGAAGUGGAUUGCGCGCGUUCUCGGGACCAAGGAGAAGUUAUACGAGUACAAGGGAGGGUCGCAUAGGAUUUGGAAAGAAUCCAUCGUGAAAUGUGGACACGAUUUGGAUUGCGGAUUGUAUCUCAAAGGGAAAGGGAGGAAGGUUUUAUCGAAAGCGCCGAAGAGCGAAAAGAGCAUCAAGAAUACUAAGAAUACUAACACUAACAAGAAUAAUACUAAGAACUCCAUGGCCUUGGUCGUUCGUAAAUCGACGCCGACGAAGAAGAAGACGGAUAAAGGACGAGCAUUACAUCUGGUGAAAGAGAAGCGACAGACGGAAUUGAACAAACGACUGGCGCGGGAGAGCGAACGACUGAAGAAGGAGAAGGCAAAAUGGGCAAAAGCGGCGCGCGAAGCGAACUUAAAAGCGCGCGAAGCGAACCGUAAAGUCGCCUCGAUUGAAAAGGACCAAAUUCGAGUGGCGAGUGGGAAAAUGCCGAGUGGGAAAAAGAUGCCGUCGACGCCGAUUAAACAAAGGACAAAAUCCGCGCCGGUUUCCAAGAAAUCUCCCGGAGGCGCCGUGUUUCAAAGAGUCCUCACAAAAGGUCUAGGGGUCGCCAAGAAGAUGAUGAUACCGUCGCCGAAAAAACAACAAGCGUAUCACAAGCAGGUUGCCAAACUUACGCAGCCGCCAUUGCAGAAGAAACUAAAAACGUCAUCGAAAAGCGUCAAACGCGCACCGUCGUUGCCUCAACCGACAAAACCAUGGGCAAAAGCGGCGCGUAAAUCCGCCCCCGGGGUGGUCUUCGGGACAUUAUCCGCGACCGAUUCCGACGACAAUUCCGACGAGUUCUGA